AAUAAAGGCGCUGUGCUCAUAGACGAAACGAGGUCAGGUUGAAUUGAGAUUCUGGGCGUUCACCACAUUCAAUUUCGAAAACCCUAACCCUAAAACACACCUAAUUGAUUGACUGUGAAAUAGAUUGAACUGGUUUGAUAGUUGAAAGAUCAGAUCUUCUCUCGCUGCUUAAUUUGACGGAAUGGGGAAGAAGAAGAAGAGAGGGGCGGUGGAUAAGGUGUGGUGCUACUACUGCGACAGGGAGUUUGAAGACGAGAAGAUAUUGGUGCAGCACCAGAAAGCCAAGCACUUCAAGUGCCAUGUCUGCCACAAGAAGCUCUCCACCGCCGGCGGAAUGGCCAUCCAUGUGCUCCAGGUUCACAAGGAACAAGUCACCAAAGUCCCUAAUGCGAAACCUGGAAGAGAAUCAACGGAGAUUGAGAUAUAUGGAAUGCAAGGAAUUCCAGCUGAUGUCCUGGCUUCACAUUAUGGAGAGGAAGAUGAUGAGAACCCUUCAAAAGCAGCUAAAAUUGAUCUACCAAUCUCCCAAAUAGGCGGUGGUGUGAUACCUCGAUCACUAGGGGUUGGAUAUCCUCCACAGCCUUUACCUCCGAAUUACAAUCCCAGAAUACCUGGGCCACCUGGUAGUUGGCAAAUUCCACCUCGUCCACAGCCUUGGUAUCCUCAGCAUCCAACUGUUUCGGUUCCACUCCCUGGGCAAGUGGGAUUGCCUCAACAGCCUUUGUUUCCUGUGCACAAUAUUCAGACUCCUGUUCCAUCUGCAGCAACCCCUGGGCUUCAACCAAUAUUACCAAUCACUCCUCCGGGGAUGCCUGCAACAGCACCUCCUGUUCCUGUUUCUCAACCUCUAUUUCCUGUCGUUCCUAACAGUAAUAUACCUCCCCAGAGUUCCCCAUUUUCUGCUCCUAUACCUUCAAUGAGCCUGCCUUUAAGUUCUUCCUCAGACAUAAAGAGUGCAGAACCUCUCUUUGGUGGCACUUUGGCAACCAAUCAUUACGGAAUUCCAGGAACCCCAGCCAUACCUCUUGCGAAUUCACAUUCCUAUGCAUCUGGUCCAAAUACUGGAGGUCCGUCUAUUGGGCCACCUCCAGUGAUCGCAAAUAAAGCCCCAGCUACACAACCCGCAACUAAUGAGGUCUACUUAGUUUGGGAUGACGAGGCUAUGUCUAUGGAGGAAAGAAGAUUGUCCUUAUUGAAGUAUCAGGUGCAUGACGAGAAUAGCCAGGUAAGUCAUCAACCUAUAAAAUUAUAUCUUCAUUCUGUAUAUAGGAUUGUGUUAGUCAAAUAUCCUGGUGGCUGGACUUAUGCUGCCUGUGGUUUCCCAGUGCACAUAUUUACUCUUUUUUCGCAUAGAUAAAGGGUAUUUCUAUAUGGCUUUAAUUAUAUAUCCAAAUAAAGACGCAUAAAACAUCUUCGCAAUAUGGCUAUGUAUAUUACUGCUUUCCAACCCCAUUCAUGUGAUGGACUGUUUUUGUCGUUCUUGGCCACUGUCCCGCUUGGCAAGCAAUCCUGCCGGUUUUGUGGUCAACGAAGGUUCAAGUCAAGUAGGUACUUUCAAUUUCUUUGCUAAUACUUAGUAAUUCUGUUAGCAUGCUGCAAUCUUUCGAGGAUCUCCCCACUAGCUCCCUGCAAGGCUAAGAACACAAGCGUGUAUGUAUUUACUAUUUGGAAAUAAAUUUCAAUUUUUGACUUCCACCUAUGGUUGCCUGAUAACUAAGUGUUGGGUUUGGGUGGAACAACCAUUACCCAACAUAUUUUUUCCCUUACAUGUCUUCAAUCUUCAUACACUAUAUUUUAGAUCGAACGUGAAUUCAGUGGGCCAGGGCAGCUCCUUUUGCGAAGUUUGUGUAUGUUGACUACGAGCAAAGUUCUCUAAUAUAUUGACUGAUAAUUGCAAGAUUGGCUCCUUUUGGCUGGCCUAAUACCAACUUUAUUGGAUGUUUGUUUCAGAUGAGUUCAAUUGCUGCAGCCAUUGACAGAAGGAUAUCUGAGAGCAGGCUCGCUGGUCGGAUGGCAUUUUAGAGCAUACAAUUGAUCGUUCUUAAUUGGGAUCAACAGCAGGAGGGGAACAUUUCUCUAUCGAUCACAACACAACUUAUUACUCCAGCCUCUAACUGGUGCUGCUUGAUGCCAUUCUUUCUAUUUAAAUGUUGUAUCUUUAGGAUAUAGGUGUCAGGAUAGCCCCUACUAUAAUUUAACAGAUAAUGGUCAUUUUUUUCAUUUUUUUUAGUUUUAAUCAUCUGGAUUGAUUUUUAGAUUUAGAAGUUACAAACUAAGUCACUUGGCUUAAAGAGGUUAAUGCAGUUUGAGAGUAUUUAUCUUUUUGACAAAA